AUGAGGUCCCGGCGGCCACGAUUGGAGACCAUUCUCUCGCUGCUGGUAUCAUUGCAGAAGCUUCCAGUACGGCUGCCAGAGGGGGAGGCAUUGCAGUGCCUGACAGAGCGAGCAAUGAGCUGGCAGGACCGAGCACGGCAAGCGCUGGCUACUGAGGAACUGUCAUGUGCACUGGCCAAGCUGUCUGUGCUGAGCCAGCGCAUGGUAGAACAGGCAGCAAGGGAAAAGACAGAGAAAAUUAUCAGCGCAGAGCUCCAGAAAGCUGCAGCAAACCCUGACCUACAGGUGAGUGCCUGA